GCCGACAGAACGUUGGAUAAGCGAAUAUGUUGGAUAAUAAGGAGAGAUUAAGAAAAAGCCUAUUAAACAUCAAAUUAGGUCAUGAUUUUACAAAUUAAGCACCAGAACAUCAUGUUAUAAAACAAAUUUGACAGAAAAAGUAGUUCAAUACGCAGUAAUGCUAUGUAGUAAUUACUGUAUUUACGAAUUUAGCACCAAAAUAUCAUGAUAUAUUGAAAACAUUGACUACAAUAAUGUGUUGGAUAAUCCAGAACGUUGGAUAAGCGAGUGUUGGAUAAGUGAGACUCUACUGUAAUAAUAAUUCUUGCCUGCCUCUCCUCACAGCUCGAGGCAGAUUACAACAUUGUAAAACACACAUUCACCUAAAAAUAUUUUUUAAAUGAACAUAUUAAAACAUAUUUCCACAAAAUGCAUAUUAAAGUACACAUGACUUAAAUAUUUUUCUAAAUUUAUGAUUCAUUGUUUAUUUCACAUAGACUCAGAGGUUCCUCGUCAACACACCUACACACUGCAACACACCUACACACUGCAGCCAACACACUGACGUCUCAUGACACACAGUUUGAGAAAUCAGCCAUAGCAGAGCAUUUGAUGAACCAGCCUGGACACAGGAUACUAUUUGAGAACACAAAAAUGCUGGACCAUUCCAACAACUAUCAGGUCAGACGACACAGAGAAGCCAUUGAAAUCCACAAGCAUGUGGACAACUUCAACAGAAAGGAAGAAACCAUGAAAAUGAACAAAAUCUGGCUACCAGUAUUACAAAACUCCAAAAAUCAAAAUAGUAGAUGGGAACCAACAUUCUGAGGGCUUGACUGAACAAAGGAUGCCCCCAGGCAAGAGACAAAACAUUUCCAAUGCUAAUUAGGGUGAUCAACUGAAACAUUAAUGCUGGCUCCCAGUGACAAAGGACUCUUGCCACACCCUGGACUCUACACAGAUAUAUAUUCUUUCCUCCUUACUUAGUUUAUCCAUACUUCACAACCUCUGAGGAUGCCUGCCAUAGAUGUGGGCGAAACGUCAGGAGAGAAUACUUCUGGAACAUGGCCACACAGCCCGAAAGACAUACAACAACCCUCUGCUCUAUCACUGAUGAAGGUAAUGGAAUUGAAGCAAUCUCUCCCACGGAUCUCAGGAUCUGAACACACUCAUGGGACCCAAGUUCACAACACUUUAUGGAUUGCAACCAGAAACAGACUAGCAGUGGACCGACUAUGAGUCUGGGCAGCUCAAACAUGACCUCCUAUUACCUGGAGAUGAAACAAAAGACAACCAUAACCCAAAAAAUCUCAACCCUCUUCUCUCCAUGCACAAAAACGCUGAAAUAAUUGUCAGGGUGGAACUGUAACAUCUACAUGGGACAACUGCUCUGGUUUGACCAAUCCAGAUUAAGCCAAGCUGAGGCCAGCUCCCAGCUUCCUCCACCAUACAUGACUGGGGGAGACCUUGUUGCGUCCCACUGCAGCCCGGCAAUAAAUCAAGCCGAGUUCCUCUUCCUCCCUUAUUUUUAAUGAGCAUCUUUUCUCGGCAUUUUUCUCAUCCAUUUGCAAGUUUCCUUCUCCUCUCCUUUAUCUAUGGCAAAGGUCUCACUUUAUCUUCUCCGCUGCCACGUUCCAAUGCAGCUGGUUUAUGAACAUUAUUUCGUAUCCUAAUUCCUCUCUCUUUUGGACCACGUGACUCCGGAAAAAAAACUACAACAACGAGGCCACCAUCCCAUCUGGACCACCAUUAGGAGGCAGUGAGCAACCGGAGAGUCCGGCCCAAAAAUACAAAUCUUGGAACCGGGGUAUCUGCUUGUCCCCAUGGUACGAGAAGGAAUCUGACCAAGAGAGGAGGAGGAGGAGGGAGGGGAAAAUAUUUGUCCACGUUGGUCCAUCCGGAUGAAGAUUGGGCUCCUUCUAACUCCUGGAGGCACUUGUGAGAACUCCAGAGUUUCCUCCAGCUCUGUGGACAGAGAGACAGAGAGAGACGAGACGUUUCCCAAGAGAAGGAUGGACUACUCCUACGACGAGGACCUGGACGAGCUCUGCCCGGUGUGUGGGGACAAGGUCUCGGGGUACCACUACGGGCUGCUCACCUGUGAGAGCUGCAAGGGUUUCUUCAAGAGGACGGUGCAGAAUAACAAGCACUACACAUGUACAGAGAGCCAGAGCUGCAAGAUCGACAAGACGCAGCGCAAGCGGUGCCCUUACUGCCGUUUCCAGAAGUGCCUGGCUGUGGGGAUGAGGCUGGAAGCUGUUCGGGCAGAUCGCAUGCGGGGUGGACGCAACAAGUUUGGCCCCAUGUACAAGCGUGACCGGGCGCUGAAGCAGCAGAAGAAGGCCCUCAUUCGUGCCAAUAGCUUCAAGCUGGAAGGGGCGGCUGUGGUUGUUCCUCCACCGCCUCCUUCUGUGGCCUCGGUCGUCUCCCCGGCGCAGGCGGCAGACUACAGCAGUGCCCUCCCGGCCUCCCUCCAUGCCUUGGCACAUCACCACCACCACCACCACCACCCUCACCACCACCACCAUCAUCCCGGGGUGGUGUCGUCCUCCAAAGGGCCUCCGCCACCGCCGCCCAUCAACAUCGGCACCAGCGCUUCAGCGAUGACGCCCGUCGAUUAUGAGCGCAGCCCAUACGGGACGCCCACUUUGGCCGGCCACGGGGUCGCGCUCUCGGGCUUCCCCUACCCUCCGCCCUUCGCCAGCCGGGCCAUCAAGUCCGAGUUCCCGGACCCGUACGCGGCACAUCCCCACGAAGCGGCGGCCCCGGCUUACCCGUACCCUGAGGCCUUCCCCGGAGGAGGAGAAGGAGGCCCAUCGUCCCCAGCCGCCCCGGCCCCCGAGGUGCCUGAGGUCAUCCUGAAGCUGCUGCAGCUGGAACCCGACGAGGUGCAGGUCAAGGGCCGCAUCCUGAGCUGUCUCCAGCAGGAGCAGGGCAAGAGCCGCCCCGAGAAGCUCAACACCUUUGGCCUCCUCUGCCGCAUGGCUGACCAGACCCUCUUCGCCAUCGUGGAAUGGGCCCGCAGCUGCCUCUUCUUCAAGGAGCUGGAGGUGGGAGAUCAGAUGAAGUUACUGCAAAACUGCUGGAGUGAGCUGCUCGUUUUUGACCAUAUUUUCCGCCAAGUGCAGUACGGAAAGGAGCACAGCAUGAUGCUGGUGACCGGCCAGGAGGUGGAUCUGUCAACGGUGGCCACGCAGGCCGGUUCUAUCCUCAACAAUCUGGUGCUGAGAGCUCAGGAGCUGGUGCUUCACUUGCAUUCGCUCCAGGUGGACAAGCAGGAGUUUGUGUGUCUGAAGUUCCUUAUCCUCUUCAGCCUCGAUGUGAAGUACGUGGAGAACUCGAGCCUGGUGAAAGAGGCGCAAGAGAAGGCCAACGCGGCCCUGAUGGAGUACACGCUCUGCCACUAUCCCCACGCCACGGACAAAUUCCGGCAGCUGCUGCUCCGGCUGGCCGACAUCCGGGCCCUCAGCAUGCAGGCCGAGGAGUAUUUGUACCACAAGCACCUGAGCGGAGAGGUCCCCUGCAACAACCUGCUGAUCGAAAUGCUCCACGCCAAGCGGACUUGAGAGCGCAGCGGGGCAAAGUGAUGGCCGGCUCUCUCCUGGGAAGGAUCGAUUGGCGCUGGAGAGGCUGGCGCAGGCCAAGCAGGGCUGGGGUCCCUUCCCCAAGAGACACUUUCUCCCCUGUCUUGAUCCUCCGUGGGCGGGCAUGCGUGUGUGUAUAUGUUGCAACAACUCUUCUUCGGCGUUCACUACAUCCGCUCUCAGGUUCAGCCUUUCCGCUCUUCUCUUCCCUGCUGCCAAAGGAUGGGAGAGGGUUUGGGGUGGGGGUGUGGUGGUUUGGCUUUGUUCCCCUCCCCCUUUUCACCUGGUAUAGUGAGGCUUCAAUAUUGCUCUGGAAGGGGCUGCUUUGCACUGAGGGUGCAAGGGGAGAGCUUGAGAACGAUCCUUUUUUGGACUCAGGGACUCCCAGACUCUCCUUGCUGGAGAGGACUUCUGGUUGGAAAGAAGGCAAGCCUUCGACAACACAAGGCAACCUUUUCCCGGCUCUGGUUCCACCACCAGUACAGUCGAAACACAAGGAUGAGGUCCUAUGAAUAAUCACUUUGUGGUUGGAUGGUCUAAGGCAGGCAUGGGCAGAGCCUUGAAAUCAAGUCUUUUGAAGACUUCUUGAAGACCAUCAUUGUCUUAGACCAUGCAUGGUUUAAGACAAUGACCAGUCCUUUGAAGACCUUUGAAGACCAUCAUUGUCUUAGACCAGGCAUGGUCUAAGACAAUGACCAAUCCUUUGAAGACCAUCAUUGUCUUAGACCAGGCAUGGUCUAAGACAAUGAGCAGUCCUUUGAAGACCUUUGAAGACCAUCAUUGUCUUAGACCAGGCAUGGUCUAAGACAAUGAGCAGUCCUUUGAAGACCUUUGAAGACCAUCAUUGUCUUAGACCAGGCAUGGUCUAAGACAAUGACCAAUCCUUUGAAGACCAUCAUUGUCUUAGACCAGGCAUGGUCUAAGACAAUGAGCAGUCCUUUGAAGACCUUUGAAGACCAUCAUUGUCUUAGACCAGGCAUGGUCUAAGACAAUGAGCAGUCCUUUGAAGACCUUUGAAGACCAUCAUUGUCUUAGACCAGGCAUGGUCUAAGACAAUGAGCAGUCCUUUGAAGACCUUUGAAGACCAUCAAUGUCUUAGACCAGGCAUGGUCUAAGACAAUGAGCAGUCCUUUGAAGACCUUUGAAGACCAUCAUUGUCUUAGACCAGGCAUGGUCUAAGACAAUGACCAAUCCUUUGAAGACCAUCAUUGUCUUAGACCAGGCAUGGUCUAAGACAAUGAGCAGUCCUUUGAAGACCUUUGAAGACUAUCAUUGUCUUAGACCAGGCAUGGUCUAAGACAAUGAGCAAUCCUUUGAAGACCUUUGAAGACCAUCAUUGUCUUAGACCAGGCAUGGGCAAACUUGGGCCCUCCAGGUGUUGACUUCAGCUCCGGUAGGCUGUUAGGAAUUGUGGGAGCUGAAGUCCAGAACACCUGGAGGCCCAAGUUUGCCCAUGCCUGGUCUAAGACAAUGAUGGUCUUCAAAGGACUGGUCAUUGUGGUCUUCAAUGAUGGUCUUCAAGAAGCCUUCAAAAGACUUGGUUUCAAGGCUCUGCUGGAGGUUUGCUUAUAGCUAGAGUUGGAUUAAAAGCGGAGUAGGGUCACCUUUUGGAUCCCUAGAUGUUUUGGGUGACAAUUCUCCCACUCUCUUACCAUUGGUGAUACUUGGCUGACUUGUAGGCUGAGAUCCUCUUUGAUGCUGGCGGAGCUAUCAAUGAAGUAAUCCUAGUGGAUCCUAAAGCUCCUUUUCCUUGCAUAUAGGGCAACGACUGCCCAGCGGUGGAGGGAGUGCUUAAGGGUUCCCUCCAAACAGUCAGUGUCUACUCAAGCCCCAUCCUUGUCUGGAGAGCGUUGGGAUCUAAAGACCAAAGUAAUGCGUAGGGAGGUAUUGAAUACCUCUUUACGCAAGGUCCGAAGUAUUGAGUUGCGCAGAAGUUAAGCCGUAAUUUCUGAAGGGCCAAAGAUUUGCCAGGAGAAAGACUGUGAUGAUGCCACUACACAAGGAUGGCACUUUGAUGUCGCCUUUACUGACAUGGUUCCACCCUAUGGAACCCACAAUUGGUAGAUUAAGGAAGACCUUCAACGUCUCUGUUCAGGGGCUUCGGCUUUGUUGUAGUGGUUCUCAUAUUCGUGGUCCUCUCUCAAGAUGUUUGGAUUCGAGAGAGCACCACAAAUGUGAGAACGUUGGAGGCUCCAAUGGUCCCGGGAUUCACAGGAUGGAGCCAUGACAAUCAAAGAAGUAUGACACAUACUGCAAAUACACUCUUAAGUCUGGUUGAACACGUUCAUGUUUCACAUGCAAACCAGGAAUGAAGCAAGUAAACACUGUCACUGGGGAAAUACACAGGUGAAAUACACUGGUGAAAUACUCCUUCUCCUCCAAUGCGGGAUUCUGGGUCGGACCCCUUGCCUUGGCGUGACAAGCCCCCUCCCCUUUGUAUAUACCACGCAACCGCUCCCCAUAGCUUAGCCCGGGCCUUCCCGUUGCUCCGCUUUCGUUUGGAAGUGGAGCGGAGGGGGUGAUGCAGAGUUUUGGGGCGCCACGUGCCUUCCCCUCGCCUCCGCCCUCCCCAAGAUGCUUCUUUGCAGAUGCUGCUGUGUGGUUGUGUCUGUGUUUUGAAGAGACGUUUCGGCCUUUCCCCCUACCCUUCCUUCUUCAUCCGGUCUCAGAUGGGACGGUUGGGCUGUUUUUGGGUGCGUGAGGGAGCGUGUUGUCUGGAAGUGCCUGUUUGGCCUCUCUUUCUGGAAAUGGAAACAUAAAAGUGCCCUUAAGUGUCUCCCCUUUGCUCCCCACCCUCCAUUGGCCCCUGCCCCAGAAAUCCUGAGGCAAGCAGGGAUAUCCGUGUGUGCCUGUGUGUGCGUGUGCACUGGUGUGUAAAAGAUAAAAAAAAAAACUUAUCUUGCCAAAUGAUGACAUUCCAAUAAAUCUUUUUUUGCAAUUCA